CUCUACUUGUGACAUCGCUGUCCUUUUUCUCUACCCCUCCUGCGGCCGUUAAUCUGCCCUUAUCGAACGCAUUCCUUUGUCUUAAACACCUGGGAACACUCUCUUAAUCCCACGGGUCAACCCAGACCGAUUUUCCCUCUCUCUGUCUCAUCCCGGCCUCACUCCAUCCUCCAAUACGCACCCAUUUAUGGCAGAGAGCUUCGCUUGACAAUGUCCUCAUCCGGGCUUGAUAUAUCGCAGCUGUCAGACAGUGAGCGGGCCGGCCUUGAAACGUAUAUCGCAGUGACCGGUCAGGAUCCUUUGGAGGCUAUUCCUCUGUUACGUCGUUCGGAAUGGAAUGUGCAGAUUGCCAUCUCGAAAUUUUUCGACGGUGAAGGACCGGACCCGGUUGAAGAAGCUCGCGCUGCCCUCAAUACCCCUCCUCCUCGGCCGACGCGACAGACCCAGAAUCUAUUGAGCGAUGACCUCCACGCGCAACUCUCCGCAUCUACGCGCUCCGCCGAGCCAGCUCCGCGGAUAGUGACACAAUCCGAGGAACAGCCCGUCUACCGUCCGCCUUUCAUCCUGGCGCUCUUAUUUACCCCUCUCAAUCUCCUCUACAGACUGCUGUACAACUCGUUUCGCUUGUUCGGCUCACUCUUCCCCUUCCUUCCUCGGCUCUUCCAUACUACAGCCAGUCCCGCUCUGCACGGUUCACGCCGGAAUACUAAUGGUCGGCGGCCACUGGGUCCGAAAGAUACUGCUGCUCGGUUCAUCCGGGAGUUUGAGGAAGAGUACGGCACCAACUCAAUUGGCUUCCUGGAGAAUGGAUACAACAUGGCGCUGGAGAAGGCGCACCGGGACUUGAAGAUUCUUCUGGUCGUCCUGCUUGCCCCCGAACACGAUGAUACACAUGGCUGGGUCCGCGACACUCUGCUCUCGCGGGAGGUCACCGACUUUGUCAACGACCCGCAGAACGAGAUUCUAGCAUGGGGAGGGAACAUCCAAGACUCGGAAGCAUACCAGGUUGCAAACUCCCUACGGUGCACUAAGUUCCCAUAUGCGGCUGCGGUCGUGCAUACCCCCAACGUUUCUUCUACUGCGAUGUCUCUCGUAGCUCGCAUACCUGGAACCACGUCUCCGGCGGAAUUCGUGGAAAAGUUGCGGACAGCAAUCACGCAGAACAAAGAACCUCUGGAGCGCAUCCGAGCCACCCGGGCAGAACAACAGGCUUCGCGCAGUCUGCGCGAACAACAAGACUCGGCCUACGAGCGUUCGCUGGCCAUUGACCGCGAGCGGGCGCGACAAAGACGCGAGGCGGAGGCAGCGCGCCAACGGGAGGAGCAAGAGGCGGCCGAGCGACAAGCGGCGGAGGAGAAGCGGACCCAAGAUCUCCAGCAGUGGAGACAAUGGAGAGCACAGUCGAUCGCUGAGGAGCCUGGUCCGGAUGCCAAGGAUGCAGUGCGGAUCAGUGUCAGGUUACCAUCGGGCGAACGCGUCAUCCGCAAGUUCGCGCCCGAGUCGAGCAUCGAUGAGCUCUACGCCUUUGUUGAUUGUUAUGAGAUUCUGAAAGAGCCAACGGAGGGCACUGCGGCAGUCGCCAAACCGGACGGGUAUGAACAUCAGUAUGGAUUCCGACUGGUUUCACCUAUGCCGCGGGUGGUCUAUGAAGUGGGUGCAGGGGGAUCCAUUCGAGAUCAGAUCGGCCGCGGUGGAAACCUUUUGGUUGAACCCAUCGAUGACGAAAGUGACGAGGAGGACUCAUGAGCACUAUCCACCUGUAUGACUAUUGAUUCCGGGUUCUUGAUGUGAUGGUUGUAUAUGGUAUUCGAAGGACUGGCCUCAGAUUGGACUACAUCAUAGACUACGUUCGCUCCCAGAAGACACGUGCCUUUACGGUACGCCUCAUGUAGUAAUAUGUGUCCAGGAGUUUAGUGGGAGUAACGGAGUUAAGAGCCGAGGAGCCGCAUGAAGGCUGAGCAGCGGCUCAGCUCGCAAAGCCAAAGGCACAUGUGCUGUCAGAUCAGGGGCAUUUAUGGACAGGGAAGGCCAUCCUCCUGCUAGGCCGCUUCGAAUUAU